AUGAGUAAGGUUCAGUAUGCAAGCGCGGUAGGGUUUCUCAUAUACACAAUGGUUUGCACAUGCCCUGACUUAGCUCAAGCUGUGAGUGUAGUUUCAAGAUACAUGGCAAUCUGGGCGAAAAACAUGGAAUGCGAUUAUGCAGGAGACAUAUACAAGAGGAGAUCCACCGCGGGGUAUGUUUUCACUUGUGGUGGAGGACUGAUUAGUUGGAGAGUGGUGCUACAAUCAGUUACUGCUUUGUCUACUACUGAAGCUGAGUAUAUGGAGGAAGCAUUAAUGGCUAACAAGAUUGGCUAA